AUGGAUGAAAUCAUGGACGGGUUAGCAGAUCAGCUUACUAUGAAACAAAACUUGAAUGGAGGAUUGCUCAUACAGUUGUCUUUCAAAGAGGAAAACUAGAUUGCAGUCAAAGUCAACAACUAAAAUCCUUAAGUGUGAAAAAGUAAACAAAAUAAAAUUCUUAAGUGUGAAAAAGUCAACAAAAUAAAAUUCUUAAGUGUGAAAAAGUCUGCAACUAAAAAAUCUUAUGUGUGAAAAAGUCUGCAACUUAAAUUGUCAUGUGUAGUUUCAUCGGCCUAUACCGGCCUACAUCGUCCUACAUCCUCCUAUACCGGCCUACAUCGGCAAAUACCGGCCUACAUCGUCCUACAUCGUCCUAUACCGGCCUAUACCGGCCUAUACCGGCCUAAAUACUAUAAAUAGGGAUCAAACACUUAUGUAACAUUUUCAUUUGUGUUAAGACUUCAUUGCGUAAACAUGCCCUACAAGUUUAGACGAGUGUGCCCGCUAUGUUAUAGACAGGAUUUGCUAUACUUAGCUGAUCAUUUACGUCAAGUGCACAAGUUAUCGUGUGAGCAACGACAACCACUAUUAAAGGCAGCGAUAUUUUCUCAUCAAGUGACUCCAACAGUAUUCCCAGGAGUUCAACCUCAAGGAUUGUAUUCCCCUCACAUUUUUCAACAUGGAAUGCCACAAUAUACAAUGAACGCACCGUUCCCUCCACCAAGUAUAGAGAAUUUAACCACCGUUCCAGCGUCUAAUCUGUCUCAAAGUAUGAAACCGAAACAAUGCAAAGUCACCAAGUUACCAACACGUCAGUGUUUAGAGACACAAACUUACCCCGAGUUUAAGUUUCAUCACAUGUUUUCCAUGCUUGUAGUAGGACCAACGCAAUGUGGGAAAACC